AUGCUGGAGUCUGGUAUGUCAGCCCAGGUUGGGGGUGGGGGCAGGGAGCAAGGUCCUAACACACGCAUCUGCCUCCCAGGAGCCACCAUGCAGUGCUUCAGAUUCAUUAAGACCAUGAUGAUCCUCUUCAAUAUGCUCAUCUUUCUGUGUGGUGUGGCCCUGUUGGCAGUGGGCAUCUGGGUGUCAGUCGACGGACCAUCCUUCAUGAAGAUCUUCGGGCCACUAUCAUCCAGUGCCAUGCAGUUUGUCAACGUGGGCUACCUCCUCAUCGCAGCUGGCGCUGUGCUCCUCACUCUUGGUUUCCUGGGCUGCUAUGGUGCCCAGACUGAGAACAAGUGUGCCCUCAUCAUGUUCUUCUUCAUCCUCCUCGUCAUCUUCGUUGCUGAGGUUGCAGCUGCCGUGGUUGCCUUGGUGUACACCACAGUGGCUGAGAACUUCCUGACGUUGAUGGUAGUGCCCACCAUCAAGAAAGAGUACGGUUCCCAAAAAGACUUCACCCAAGUGUGGAACUCCACCAUGGAAGGGCUCAAGUGCUGUGGCUUCAACAACUACACAGAUUUUGAGGACUCUCCCUAUGUAAAAGAGAACAACGUCUUUCCCCCAUACUGUUGCUUUGAUCAUGACAAUGGCACAUUUGUGGAACCCUGCACUAGUGUCGAGGCCCAGUACCAGAAAGUAGAGGGUUGCUUCGAUCAGCUUCUGUACGACAUCAGAACCAAUGCAGUUACCGUGGGUGGUGUGGCAGCUGGAAUUGGGGGCUUAGAGCUGGCUGCCAUGAUUGUGUCCAUGUACCUGUACUGCAAUCUGAAAUAA